GCUGUCUGUCUCUCAGAGAACUGAAAGAACACACACUUCCAGCUCCUUCCCUCCCUCCUCCCUCUCUCCAACAAACAAGAGUGUGUAGUAUAGUUGUGAAUUGUGAUAUGGUGUAGAAGGUGUCUGUCUCUGUAGUCUGUACGUACUGCAAUUUGUUGAUCUCGCUAGCGCCGUAGCGCGUGUGGCUUAAUUGUGGUGCAUGCAUGCGUGUGUGCAUGCAAGGUUAAUUGCUUGCUGUCAUCAGCUGGAUCCAUGUCGGGAGGCAGCAGCAGCCUCUCUUCUGUGAGCAACACGCCUAGGGAGGUGGAGGAGAAGUUCUUGCAGUACCACAUCCAGCCGCUCCUCGGUGGCCCGAUGGAGAUGCAAAACGGCGGCGGCGGCGGCGACCUACAGCACGUCAUCGGCGGCCCCUCGGAGCCGCUGCCGCCUGCACCGCCGCCGCCGACUGUGAAGAAGAAAAGAAGCCUUCCGGGGACACCAGACCCGAGCGCGGAGGUGAUCGCGCUGUCGCCGCGGACGCUGAUGGCGACGAACCGGUUCGUGUGCGAGAUCUGCCACAAGGGUUUCCAGCGGGACCAGAACCUGCAGCUGCACCGGCGCGGGCACAACCUGCCGUGGAAGCUGCGGCAGCGCGGCGGAGCCGGCGCGGACGGCCCUGGAGGCGGUCCGCCGAGGAAGCGGGUGUACGUGUGCCCGGAGGCGUCGUGCGUGCACCACAACCCGGCGCGCGCGCUGGGGGACCUGACGGGGAUCAAGAAGCACUACUGCCGGAAGCACGGCGAGAAGAAGUGGAAGUGCGAGCGCUGCGCCAAGCGCUACGCCGUGCACUCCGACUGGAAGGCGCACGCCAAGGUCUGCGGCACCCGCGAGUACAAGUGCGACUGCGGCACCGUCUUCUCCAGGCGAGACAGCUUCGUAACGCACAGGGCAUUCUGCGACGCCCUAGCCCAGGAGAACAACAAGCUAUCCCAGCCCAUGAACAUGGCGACGGUGGCCUCUGCCCUCCAGGGUCAAGCCGCACCCCACCACCUGGCGCCGCCAUCGUCGUCGUCCCAGCCCGAAGACGACCUCGACGCCGCCGCCGGCGAGGACAACGACGACGACUUCGCCCUCGACACCAAGAGCCCGAAGCUGAGGAUGCUCCCCACCAUGUCAGACGCCGACGCCACCGCCGCCAACCAGCUGCUCCUGCCGCCGCUGAGCAUGGCCGGGUGCAUGCUCUCCAGCCUGCAGCACGGCGCCGCGAGGCCCGCGCCGCCGACACCGCCGUCGCCGGCAACCUUCUUCAGCGGCGUAAAGGCAGGGCUCGACGGUCCCAGCAGCAGCUGCGACCCCAGCAUGGGCGGCGCCUUCUCCCCGCCGGGCGCCUCGGCGAGCAUGUCGGCCACGGCGCUGCUGCAGAAGGCCGCGGAGAUGGGCGCUACCGCGGGCGGGUACGGCGUGGGCGCGGGCUUCUCCACCGUCGGAUUCGGGCCCAUGAUAGGUGGGCCUCCCGUUAUGGGCCCGUUUGGGCCUCUAAAGACUCCUGCGGUGCUGGAGCCGUUCGAUGGGCUGCCGUUCGGCCAGACGCAUCUGGUGGGCCUCGACGUGGGCAGGCUCUUGCCCGGCCAGCACUUCUACGGCAGCAGCCAUGGCCAUGGCCAUGGGGUCGGCUCCAUGACCAGGGCCAUCGGAUCGCUGAUGCACGGCGGCCAGCAGAUGGAUCACCGGCGGCCGGACGACGUCCGCGUCGUGGAUUACCUCGGCGUCGACGACCAGAGGAGCUGCUUCAGUGGUGUGAGCCCCUUUGGGCCCGACUUAGGCCCAUGGUCCUAGUAUCUAUAUACCUUCUUGGGUCGUGCUUCAGUGGUUGUUGGAGAAUUAACUGGGCCGGCCCAGUAAGAGAGUGAGGGUAUUUUUGUCAAUCUAGUAUCAUCGAGUCACUGGAACCGGAAAACCCUAACCCACAAAUCACCCCCCCUAUAUAAACGACGGCUUCCUCCCAUCCUCAGCUGUGCCGCAAUCCUAUCUUUGGCUGCCGCAGCCACCGGAAUCGUCAGGUUUGUUCAUCGAUCGGCCGCCAUGGGAGCACGAUGGUCCAUUUAUCGCCUUUGAUUAAAUUUCUUCUCUGUUUUGUUAUUGGUUUUGGUUUCUUGCUUGAUUGCUUGCGUUUGUCGCUGGAUGGAUCUCGCUGAAGGCUGUGAUGACCAAAAAUACCUACCUAUUUUCUGAAUCCUGACGAUACGAACCAAUGGAUCCUUCUGAGCCUUUCAGGACCUGUCCGAUUUCUCUUCUCUUCUUGCUUUCGGUUUUCUCGCUUUUGUUUCGAAUCUGUUGUCAGCAGUUACUUUUACAAAUCAAAAUAAGGCAGGAUUUUGCCCUGUUGAUGUGAUGAUAAACCUUGACAGAAGCUCGAGUGUUGACCAAAAAUUCAGACUACAAUUAUCUGAUCAACCCCAAAAAUCUUGGCUUUUGAUGUGAUUUGUAUCUAUCUAUUUAGUUUUCAACCGAACGUUGUAGUUUGUUUUCAACCUGAUGAAGAUAACAUGAGGUGCUGUGCAGUGUGAUCCGUGCACAAUAAGCCGAUGCUCUGGAUGAAGAAAACAGGAAGGAAGCAUGGUAGUGUGCACGGAGACGAACAUGGUCUGCAUGUCUGCUCGCCUUGAUGCCCUCGGGCUUUGAUCUUGCGGGCCUGGAU